AUGUCCGGCUUCCAGAUCCCCGGACUGGGCCAAGCAAAGGUGAACGAAGUGCUGCCGCCGCUUCCAGCUGAUCUCGCAAUUGCCGCUGCGAGCGCCGUAGAAGACAGCGAGAUGGCCGGCGCAAAUCCAUCCGCGCUCGAGACAACAACAUCAUCAGCCACAGAACAACACAACGAAGCCGCCAAGGACAGCGCCUCUGACCCAGACGCUAUGACAAUCGACAAGCCUGAGAGCCCGCCUUCUUUGACACACGCUCUAGAAGCAGCCCUUGGCGGCCUAGACAAUCCUGAUGCGAACCAACAGGCGCCCGCACCUGAAGCAGAGCAAGUUCCUUUACAACCCGACCAAAGCGAACACCCCGAAUGGGAAAUCGACUCCACACCAUACGAGUCAUCGGAUUCCAGCAGUUCCGACUCGUCAUCCGAUGAUGAUGACUCUGACAAUGAGGGCUAUGAACCGCUUGGCAUCGAAGAAACAGCACGGCUCCUGAUGGAGACAGAGGGAGGCUCUGAUGAUGAGGGAGAUAGAGGGAAGGCGUCUGGGGCCGGUUAUGUACGGACAAAGAAUGAGCUUCCCGACGAAGUCAUUCCCAAGCCGGACGUGGCAAUCACCCCCGAGAUGGCAAUAGAGGAGCUCGGUGCCAUUGAACAUAUUGUCGAGAAUAUCAUGCUCAUCAAAGCAUUCACUCCCGGAGAAUACCAAGUCUUGGACAGCGGAUCUGUCCUGUGCAACGCAGAGAGGGUUGUCAUCGGAGUCAUCGCAGAGACGAUAGGCAAGGUGUUGCAACCGAUGUACACGGUCAUGUUCAACACGGCAGAAGAGGUGAAAGAGCUUGGGCUGGAGGUUGGAACAAAGAUAUACUAUCCUGUUGAUCACGCAUCGUACGUUUUCACUGAGCCUCUGAAGAAUCUCAAGGGCUCUGAUGCUAGCAACCUGCACGAUGAGGAAAUUGCCGAUGAAGAAGUCGAGUUUUCGGAUGAUGAGAAGGAAGCAGAAUACAAGCGGUCAUUGAAGCAGAAGAAGAAAGACAAGUGGAAGAGCUCUGGUGGCAAGGAGGGUAAACAGCCUCACCCGUUGCGCCAGGAGCUGUCGGCAGAUGGCAGCUUGAACUACGAUGAGGAGGACGAUGGCCCUUAUAAGCCAUUAGCUCGACCUGUUGGCUUUGGGGCGGGCCCCUCAUCGACCGAGACUCAUGAGCCUGCUCCCAGACCAGGAUUCUCAAGGGGAGGUCGGAGAGGAGACUCUCGAGGUCGAGGUGGUCGUGGAAGAGGUUCUGGCCGCGGAGGUAGGGGAGGCUUUAGCCAUCCUAGGGAUGGAUAUUCACUCCCUCCUCAAGGCAAUCAGAACCCCCAAGCAGGAGUGCCCACGGGCAGCUCAUGGAACUUCAACCCAGUUCCCCCCUCCAACUCCGCGCCAGUUCCGUCUCUUCCUCAGUUUGGCUUCCCCCUUCCUGGGUGGCCAGCACAGGGCCAGCCAGCACCUUCUGCGGUACCGCCUCCACCGCCAGGCUGGCCCGGAUCUGCCCAAGGACAGGGCCAGGCGCCUAACGGCGGAGCAUUCGUCAAUCCCGCAUUCUUUGCAGCUCUGAUGAGCCAGAUUCAGGCACAAACCGGGCAGGGUGGGUGGAACGGCCAGGUCCCACCGCCUCCUCCGCCACCUCAGCAGUAA